AUGUCUCAACGAGUUAGAGCGCCUGGUUUACUUCGCGAUCGUUCAACGCUCCUCGGCACCCCACCCAUCUCGGGGCGAUCAUCUCCCUUCGAUGGUAUCCAGGCAAAUGGACACCGCUACGCAGACGACCUCGAGGGUCAAAAUGAUGAAGCUUUAGAAGGUCUGAGUUCAAAAGUCAGGCAACUGAAGGAUCUCACAAUUGGUAUUGGCAACGAGGUCCGGGAGUCUACGAUACAGCUAAGCCAGAUGAACGAUGCCUUCGCAGAGACGGGGUCAAUCCUUUCUGGAACUUUUCGAAGAAUGAACAAUAUGGCUUCGAAGCAAGGCUGCCGCUGGUUGUGGUACAUUGUUUUUCUCGUCGUUGUGUUCUGGUUCUUCCUUGUAACUUGGUGGUUUCGACGAUGA